CGAAUCUAUCACCCACCCUCUCCCUCUUUCCUCUCUCUCUCUCUCUCUCUAGAUACAUAAUCACAAAUCGGACGGCGGCGGAGCCAUGGCGGAGGACAAGUACAACCUCAAGAACCCGGCGGUGAAGAGGAUUCUUCAAGAAAUCAAGGAGAUGCAGUCGAAUUCCUCCGACGAUUUCAUGAGCUUGCCUCUCGAGGAGAAUAUUUUUGAAUGGCAAUUCGCCAUCAGGGGUCCCCGUGAUACCGAAUUUGAGGGUGGGAUCUAUCAUGGACGAAUCCAGUUGCCUGCAGAAUAUCCCUUCAAGCCUCCUUCCUUCAUGUUGCUGACGCCAAAUGGCCGCUUUGAAACACAAACGAAGAUUUGUUUGAGCAUAUCAAAUCACCAUCCUGAGCACUGGCAGCCAUCAUGGAGUGUGCGGACUGCUUUAGUUGCACUUAUUGCGUUCAUGCCCACUAGUCCAAAUGGUGCAUUGGGUUCUCUGGACUACAAGAAGGAAGAGAGGCGUGCUCUGGCCGUAAAAUCUCGCGAAGCAUCCCCCAAAUUCGGCACUCCUGAACGUCAAAAGUUAAUUGAUGAGGUUCAUGAAUAUAUGCUAAGCAAGGCACCACCGGUUCCUCAACUUUGCCCGUCAGAGACUCCUGAGGAACAACCUACAAAGAUCGAGGAGGGAGAUGCUCAGGCAGGCUCUCAAAAUAGUGAUGUUGCACAGGCGGCAGAAGGGCUACCCAAUCCGUCAGUAGGGGAGAGGGUUGUUGAGGAACAUCAAGAAUCGCCUGCGAAUGCUAAUCCCAGGCUUGCAAGAGAGAGAGCGCCAUCAGAGGUUCACUCUAGUAAUCAGGUGCUGCAGAGACAAGAAGUGAGGGCUCAAAGACCGGCUGACGACCGGUUGUUCACAUGGGCUGCUGUUGGACUCACUAUUGCAAUUGUGGUUCUUUUGUUGAAGAAGUUCAUGAACGCCGGUGGGCAUGGUGCUGUUUUCAUGGACGGUUCUUAGAUCGUAGAGAUAGUUCUUGCGUGUGUGAAGAAGCAUAAAUGAAUCUCUACUGAUACAGUAGCUAAAAGACAUAUAUAUAUAUAUAUAUAUAUAUAUUCAAGUUUUUUUUAUAUAAAAUUGUAAUAUAUCACGAUCUUCUUAUAUCGAUAAUUGUUUGUAAUUGACGCCACUAAUAGAAGCUUGUUCAUAGUUG